AUGCACAGGGCUCUUGGAGGGCACAAGCGCAAAUCCUAUCAGGCUGCUCAAUUUUGUGCCAGGUGUAUCAAGGCAAAGAGCCAUACGGAUUCCAAGCCGCAGGUCAAUCGUCCAGAACAAAGGGAUGGUGAUCCAAUAUCGGGAGCUAGUAGCGUAGCUCCUCCAGAGCGAGACCCUUUCGACUAUCUUAGAGGUCGUAGACUGAAAACACACGAUGGGCCCUGGAAUAGCUCCAACAUGCAUAUGCUUUCCAGAGCCUUGUCUGCUCACCUGAGCAUAGCGCCUGCACAACGGACAAGAGUUCUGCCUGGUUUCCACCAAGUAUCGGGCAAUGAUGCUAUCCCCGAGCAUCUGCUCUGUGACGAUGGAGCAGACGCUCGAUACUCUCCCGGGCCAGACUGGAAAUUCAGAGUUUGGGCUGGUGGUCAGAUGGCAUUCAACGUCCCCUGGACGAGGCUCGACAUGGCCAGUACUGUGCUUCCCAACGAACUGGUGCUUGCCACUCGAGUUAUUGGCGACCUCAACUCAGAUCAUGCCAAAGUCAAGGUCACCAUAGGCAGAAGCUACUUUUCAGAGUUACAUGGGGGCAAUUUCCCAGCUAUCACCGAAAAGAAGUAUCUUUUCUUCAUGCGAAGCAUUCCACCCUCGUUGCAGUCUGUGGAUAUCCAGCGCAGGUUCCAACCACCAGCCAAUCCAUUUCAUGUUGAAACCAUGACACCCUCAUCCACGCUACUCUUCCGUUUCAGUGCACUCACGAUGAACGACCAUAAGAUUCAUCUAGAUACUGAAUAUACACGGCGAGUGUAUGGAAUACCAAAGCUACUGGUCCAGGGUCCGCUCACUGGUGUGCUGAUGUUGGAAGUUUUGAGAAAAGCCCUCUACAUCUACGGAAAGGAGCAGACCGGUUUUCAGGAUCGUUCAUUGGUUGUAACGUACUUCAACUACAAGAACAUCAUGCCGCUGUUUGUCGACGAGAAGAUUACCAUCGCCUGCCGCAAGAUCGAUGGUCGGGGACCCGCGCGCUUCGGGGACAACACUCCAACGGAGACAUGGAGGGUCUGGAUACAAAAAGGAGAAGGCGACAACGCUACUGUAGCAGUGAAGGGAGAUGCUGUCGUUUCCUUGGAUUAG